AUUGCCGUCACUGUGUAUAACCCGAUCGCCCGACCCGUCGAACAUUAUAUUAGGGUACCGGUGGUCGACGCCAAGUAUGAGGUGCUUGAUGCCAAAGGACAGGCAGUUAAGUCUUUGGCUAUACUCCCGGUGUCAGACGAUGUCCGAAAGUUGCCCGAACGUAAUGGUAGUUUAGGGACCCAUGAGUUGGUAUUUAGUGGGCAGAUACCCGCCCUGGGGUUCACGACAUAUUUUGUUGAGAAACAAAAGGCUAUAAUAGAUACCCAUACAAUGGACAAUAAUCAACAAGCUCAGGCCCCGAUAGACAUGAAAGGUAAAUCAUUUACGCUGCACAUCAACGAGACUACCGGUGCCAUCGAGUCCAUAACCGUCAACGGGGCGACCCAUAAAUUACGUCAAUCAUUCAAAUGGUACAAAUCGGUGGGCAAUCAGCCGCCGCUCGAGGACUCCGGGAGCUAUAACUUCUGUCCGGACGGUAACGCCCGCGACUACGGCACCCAAAAACUUGUGGCCCGGCACACGUCAGGGGGCGUUCACGAACUGAGCCAGGUGUUUGCCGACUACAUACACCAAACAGUACGUACCUAUGAGGACAGGGAUUACAUUGAGUUUGACUGGACAGUAGGUGGUAUACCUAUCGUCGAUAAGAUCGGUAAAGAGAUAGUCACGCGGUUUGAGUCGGAUUUAAAGUCAGAUGGCGUGUACUAUACGGACGCCAACGGCAGGCAAACCAUACGCCGGAAGUUUAACCCGCAGGCGAAGAUUUGCGGUAAUAAUGUGAUCGCCGCUAAUUGGUUCCCGAUUUAUAGUCACGUGGCGGUUAAGGAUGAGAAACAGGGUCUAGCACUGACUGUCCUAAAUGACAGGACUCAGGGCGGUUCGUCGCUAAUGGACGGGUCGGUAGAGCUCAUGGUUCACCGGCGGCUGCAAUAUUCAGGCGCCGGUAGUGGCCUAGUCCUCAACGAGACAGGCAUCGAUGGUAAGGGUUUGGAGGUCAGGGGUAAACACUACCUUUUCCUCCAGCCCAUAGCUCAAUCACCACGACUUGUGCGCCGUCUAUCGGAGCAGCUAUUUAUGGGACCCAUUGAGACGUUCGCGACGUAUAAGACUCGUGAGGAAUAUUCCGGGGAAUACUCCACGAGUUUUUCGGGUGUCGGCGAUCAGCUCCCGGAGUCGGCCCGGUUGCUAACAUUAGAGAAGUGGUCGGACAGGGAGGUGUUGGUGAGGUUUGAGCACAUGUACGAAAAGGCCGAUAAUGUGAGCGACCUUUCAAACGACGUGUCAUUUGAUAUGCGAAAAGUGUUGAAAACUAUAAAAAUGGUGAAUUCAGUCGAAAUGAAUUUAGCGGCCAAUGAGUUGCUAUCGGAAACGAAACGUAUGGAGUGGCGAUCGAAACAGAGUGCCCAGGGUUUCGACAUAAGUGGUACCGGUGCCCAAGAGGACGAUUUUGUGGUUAAACUAUCACCGCAACAGAUUCGCACCUAUAUUGUGACGAUUGAGCCUGAUUAUCAUGUCGAACCGAAAUGUACGCACAGUUGGGUGGAGGCCACACAAACCACAAUACCUACCGGCGCUUACGUUGGCGGCUAUGACGUCGAUAAAACGCCGUUAAAUGUGUGCCGUUUUAAAAUAAACAAUGAGUUAAUCGCCGGAAAGGCUGACAAACUCAUUGGUUGUGUUGUGACUGUCAGUAGAAAAGAGCACUCCGUAAAGGGGGCCGAAAAGUUUGAGGUACUGGUGGCCAAGGAUGCCGAGUGGGUGCCCAGACAUGGCGAGGAUCCCAUACCUGUCGGCGCAAUUUUGGUUGGAAAUAAGGGGAAGCCUAAUACCAAUACCUAUAUAGGAAGGUGCGAUCGGUUUGGAGCGGAAAUGGUGGGCAAAAUUGAUUACAACUUUUAUUACGGAUAUAAAGGUGAUGAACGGAAUGACUGCACUAAUCAUGAGAUACUUGUGUGCGUU